AACAGCAGCUUAAAACAACCACACCUCUCAGUCAAGAGUCAACCACUUACUGAAUUAUCUUCCAACUAUUGCAAUUUUUUUGGUCCCAACUAAUUAAUUAAUCAUACAAUUUACACAUUCACAUUUGAAUACUUCAUACUUUCAUCAUAUCCAGAAACAUCACAGUAUUACAGUAUAGUCACCUACUUUGAAUAUUCAACCUUUGAAGAAUCUCUCUCAAAAUUCAACCUUCAAUUUCCUUCAUUUCUUCUUAUAUUCCAAUUUUUUCAGUUAUUUUCCACUUACAUUUGGGGGUCCAAUUCCCAAAUAUUACUAAAUUUAGCCAAAAAUUCAGAUUUAUUUCCCAAUUUUAAAAAAACCCCUAGUAAAUUCUAGUACUAAAAUUUAUUGGGUAUAAAAUAAAGCUGAAAUCUUGGGACACUAUAAAUAAUUUUUAUAAGGGUUCAUAAUUUAUGGGUUCUAUAUUUAGUAAAAAGUCAGAAACUCCAACAACCCCAUCAACAAGAAAUGGCAACAGCAGCAACAGCAAUGGAAGCAGUGGAUCCAAUUCAAUAACAAGCAGUGAUUUAAGCUUUUAUUUAGCAGCUUGUAAACAAGACCCAGAUGUUAAAAUCUUUGAUUCAAAGCUCCAACAACAUGCUACUUCUGUUAUCAACACUUUGUCAACAACCGUUGACAAUUCUGGGAAUGGGUUUCAGCAACAGCAGCAACAGGUCUGUUCUCUUUCAUUUGACUCAAUUACACAAGUCACUGGAAGUUUAAUGGAUAUGAAUCAUGAAGUUGUUAAAGUUAUUCUUGAUUGUAAAGAGGAUGUUUGGAAGAAUAAGGAAUUGCUGUCAUUAGUUGAGGAUUAUUUUGAGUAUAGUGUUCAGACAUUGGAUUUCUUUGCUAAACUUGAUCAAUGCCUGAAACGAGCUCGGGACCGCCAUUUUAUCGUUCAGGUUGCGCUGAGGCGGUUUGAGGAGGAGAUGAUGGGUGAUCAGGGUGGCAGUGAGAUUUGUGAUAAGUUUUCGAGUACGUUGCGGGAGUUGAGGAGUUUUAAGGAGGCUGGGGAUCCGUUUGGGCAGGAGUUUUUCGGUAUUUUUCAGUCUGUUUAUACUCAGCAGGUUCAGAUGUUGAGGAGAUUACAGAUUAGGAAACGAAAACUUGAUAAGAAGUUGAAGUCUGUUAAGGUUUAUAGGAAGGUUUCCAACAUUAUAUUUGGUGCUGCUUUUGUUGCCGUUGUGAUUUGUUCUGUUGUUGCUGCAGCUGUUGCUGCUCCGCCUGUGGCAUCGGCCUUGGCAGCAGCUGUUUCUGCCCCUAUUGGAGGGGUGGGGAAGUGGUUCAAUUCGCUGUGGAAGAAGUAUGAGAGAGAGUUGAAGGGUGAAAGGGAUUUGGUCUUUGAGUUGCAGCUUGGGACUUAUUUAACUGUUAAGGACUUGGAUAACAUUCGAGUUUUGGUGGAGAAGUUUGAGAUUGUGAUUGAAUCGUUGUUGUCCAAUGCGGACUUUGCCUUAAGGGACGCAGACACACUGCCAACGGUGAUGGAUGAUAUUAGAAACAAGUUGAAUGUGUUUAUGGAAGGAAUUGAUAGUAUAACAGCACAUUCAGAUAAAUACAGUAAAGAAAUCAGACUGGCCAGGACUGUGAUCUUGCACAGGAUUAUGAAAUAUCCUAGUGCACCUAUCUGACUAGCUCAAUCUGCCUUCUCAAGAACAUUGUUUAUAUGGAAAAUUCACCCUGCCUAUCUAUUGCCGGUGUCAAGGACUUGAAUUCAGGUUCUAUUAAAUAAACUUGAUGAGGAGGGGCAGUAACAAGUGCUAAAUAGUGACUGGCAUGCAAAUGAGAUUACUUUGCAGCAAUAUGAUAUAUUGCUCAAUAACGUAUCAAUUUGGCUGCCAGCUUAUUCGUUUUGAUAAAUACUCAAUUUGGGAAAAGAUGCAGGAUGAGGGGUCAUGCCAGUGGACUGGUAGCAACUAGCAACAGGUUAGUGAAACACCCAGGCACGCAGGAGCCAUGUCAUCUUGAUUCUUGUUAUGCUUAUGGUUGUGUUACUAGUUUUAUCCAAUAUCCAUCCUUGUGGUCAUCUAUUUGUAGUAUUCUGUUAAAGUAUAGUCAUCCUCACUCCAGUGCUAUGACCAAUUUUUUUGACUGGAAUUGAGUGGUUGAAGUAAACAUUUAUGUACAUAUGUGAUAUGCUUACUUGUAUUCUGGCAAAUACAUUGCUUUUACAAAACUUCAUUUAUAAUGUGAAUUUGAAUACAAUGAGAAUUUUUGGAUGCCCA